AGUCUGUAAAUCAGACCAAAUCCUUAGAAAGUAUCAUUUGACUUCUGCUGUACAUGAUGGGUGUAACACUGUUGGGUGUUGUGCUGAUCUUCUUGUCUGUAGGGCUGAAUAUACAGACAGCAGAGAGCUGCCGCUGUUUACAACGUCACUCUCAAGAUCAAUUCUGCACUUCUGAAAUGGUGAUUUUAGCUGACGUAACCGGAAAGGGGGGUUCUGUUAGGAACUUAUUUCGGUAUAAAAUCACAGCAAUCCAGGUAUUGAAAGGUUCUAACAACGUAAGCAGAAUUCAAUAUGUCUACACAGAUCCACAAUCAUCAUGUGGCAUCACACUGGAUCAGGGGAGAUACGUGCUUACAGGAAACCGGUUAAGAGAUGGGAUCGAAGUGAUGAUGUGUGACAUUGUCAAGCAAUGGGAUCAUCUCUCCUUAACGGAACAAGAAAACUUCUCACAAAUGUAUAUGAUGGGCUGUAACUGCACGAUCUCUACGUGUUCUGACAGUCCAUGUUGUCCCCAAUCUGAGAAUGAAUGUAAGUGGGAAACCAACUCUCCUCAGUCUCUGGAUUACGUCUGUCUGAAGGACAGUGAAGGCAUCUGUAGCUGGUACAUGCCACAUUCAAAAGUUGAUGUUGAUGCAUUGUGCAAAGUAGAGAUGCGCAGAUGAGCUAAAAUGUCAACCGCAUCCGCUGCUUCAAAUUAAUUAUCCACCCUGCUGUAUAAUUUUCUCUGAUAUAGAUAUCCGCACACGACCUGCAAAUUAGCGUCUAACUGAUGAAAAAUGCAUUUAAAACGCAUUCAUAUUUUAAAGAAGUUUUUAUUUAAGAAUAUAUAAGAAAUUUGAAUACAAAAUAAAAAUGUUACUAUUUGAUUGUAA